AUGAAUGAGCUUGAAGAAAACGAAGAGGAAUUUUUUCUUAAUAUUUUUAGGGGGGGGCCGGGUAAACAUUUUUUCUCAAAAAAUGAAAAUUUUUUUUUAGAAACCAACACUCUUGAAAAUAACAUAAGAAAUAAACUUUUAAAAAAUAUAGAAAACCCUUGUUUUUUAUCUAAACUUUCUGAAUUAAAAUACAAAUUGUUAUAUGAUUUUUGUGUUAUAAAAAAAAAAGAAAUUCAAAAUAAGAUUUGGAAAAAUAUAGAAAAUGUGGUUAAUAACUUAUGUGAUGAAGAUGCUAUCAAUGUGCAUGAACAUUUAAUUAAAUCCAAAAAAAAAAAAGAUGAAAAAAUAUUUUUGGGAUAUAUACAUAUAUACAAUAAUAAUACAACAAGUAAAGAUGAAUUAGGUUCAACAUAUUUAAUAAGAAGCAUAGAAAAUGAUAAAAUUGAAAAAAAAAAUAAUAAUAUGAAAUCUUAUUUACCUCAAAAUAUAGACUUAGAAAAAAUAUUAUGGAAUAAAAUAAAUUUAAAUAAAUAUAAAAAUUUUAAAGAAAUAAAUAAAAAUAUAAAUAUGUUAUGGGAUAUAUACAUAAAUUUUAAUAUUUUAAAUUUAAAUAAAUGUAAAAAUAAAGAAAUUGUAAGGGAUAUAUUAAUAAACUUAAUAAAAAAAGAUAAUCAUUUAAUUAAUAUUAUUCCAGGGAAUAAUCAAAUUAGAUUGUCUAAUAUUCUAAAUAUAUAUAAAAGGGAUAAAGCUGAAAAUAAGCAAAUAAAAAUCCCAAUUUUAAAUAUUGAGACACAAGUACAAAAUGAAAAUCAGAAAAAUGUACACAACGAAAAUAACUCUGAUUUAUCUUUUCAUUUAAAUGUUGGUUCAAUUGUUGAGCAAAGUCCUGAAAUAGUAAAAGAUAAUUUCAAUAAUAUAAAAAAUGAUCAAAACGAAGUUCAAACAUAUUUAAAGAAAGAAGGAAAUGGAGAUAUAAAAGAAAAAGAUAAAACAAUUGAUCAAACAAAUUUAUAUGAAUGGAAGGAUAAUUCAUCAAUUAAAAAUGUGUUUUCCUUGUUUUCUUCAACAAAUAAUUCAAAUAUAAUUUUAAAACCAAAAAAAGAUAUUUUAAAAAAAAUUAAAUUAAAAUCAAUGAAAAACGAAACAGAAAAUGAAAAUAAUUUAACACAUGAAUUGUUAUUAUAUUCUAUUAAAGGGGAAAUACAAAUAAAAGUAAAAAAUAUUGUCAAAAUACAUCAAGUUGGGCAAGGAGCAUAUGGAGAUGUAUGGAUGGCUGAGGAUAUAGAAAAUAAUAAAAGAAUUGCUUUAAAAAAAUUAAAAUUAAAUGGAAAUAAAGAAGGAUUAGCUAAAACAUACAUCAGAGAAAUAUCUAUACUUAAUUCUUUACAACAUAAAAAUGUUGUUGAACUUAUUGGUGUUAUUCGUACAAAUAUUAUUCCAGAAGAAAUAAAAUCAAAUAAUAUAUUAUAUAAUUUUGAAAAAAAAAAUCAACUUUUAAAUUAUCAAAAUGUAAAAGAUAAAUCCAUUGAUUCGUAUAUAAUGCCCGACCGAGCUUUAAAAAAGAAGUUAGCGAAAUGUAGCUCCAUUUAUCAAAGUAGUGAAAGUAGCGAAAGUAGUGAAAGUAGCUCUGACAGCUCUGAUGGGAUUUCUUGUGACAGCGACUCUUGUUUGUGCAAUAAGAAUCCAUUGAACAAAAAAGUAAAUUCAUGUGCAUCUAUUUGGAUGGUUUUUGAAUACGUUCCGUUUGACUUAUCUGGAUAUAGCGAGCUGCUUCGAGAAGAACGUCAACAAAAAGAUAGAUAUAAAAAUAUGAAUUUGUUUACAAUAGGUGAAAUAAAAAAUAUAAUGUUACAAUUAUUCCAAGCGCUAGAAUAUUGUCAUAAAAAUAAUGUAAUACAUAGAGAUAUAAAAAUAGCAAAUUUAUUAAUAGAUGCAAAUGGUAUUUUAAAAUUAGCUGAUUUUGGAUUAGCUAGAUUCCAUAUAGAUAGUUUUGCAUCUAACAUGACAAACAGAGUUAUUACUUUAUGGUAUAGACCACCAGAAUUAUUAUUAGGUUCAGAAAAUUAUUCAUCUAGUGUAGAUAUGUGGAGUUGUGGAUGUGUUUUAGGAGAAUUGCUGACAAGUAACCCUUUAUUUACCGCUGAUAAUGAGUCAGAUAUUUUAAAAACUAUAGUAAAUAAAAUAGGGGUUCCCAAUAACAAUGAUUAUAAAUUUUUGAAAAGAUUGCCACUAUGGAAUAAAAUAAAGUUUAAUCCAAUACACCCAAGUAAUAUAAAUAAUUUAAAUCAAACUAAAAAAAUAGAAACUGAAUAUAUUAUAAAAAAUUUAAAUGGCGUUGGAGAAAUAGGAUUAGACCUUUUAAAGAAGCUUUUAAAAUGGGACCCUUUAGAAAGAAUAUCAGCACAUGAUGCUUUAAGUCAUCCAUGGUUUAGAACUCAUCCUUUACCUGAACCUAUUCAACAAAGAUGUAACAUUAAAGCUGCUCAUAGCUUUAUGACAAAAAGUUAUAAAAAAAGAGAUGCUCCAAAAAUUAAUUUAAAAAAAAAAAUACAAGAAAAUUUUAGAUUUUUAAAUGUUGGAAAAUAUAGAAAAAUAUAUUUUAUGAAUAAAUAUAACGGCAACAUUCCUCAACAGUUGACUUCUCAAAUGUCACAUUCUUUUCUACCAGAUAACGAAUUUCAAGGAAUAAAAAACAAAUACACUUCAAACGAAAUUGAACUUCAAAUUGGAAAAGAAAACAAAAUAGAUAAGGAAGAAAAAUUAGAUAAUAUAACUCGGAUACAGGAAAAUAUUCAAACAGAUCAAGCUAAUGCUAAGAUAUUGUCUAAUUCUGCAGAUUAUUUUGAAAAAAAAAAUAUAAAAAAAAAUAAUAAUAUUCCAGAUACAGAAAUAAUUAGUAAAGAUGGGUAUGGAUACAACAAAUAUGAUAAAAGUUCACAAAAUGAAUAUGAAAAUAAAUAUAAAAAUAUAGAUAGGCAAAAUAAAUAUAUGAACAAAUAUCAAAAUGAUAACAAAAAAUACUAUAAUGAUAUAGAAAAGAAGAAAACAUCUGAUGAUUAUCGAGCUGGCUAUGAAUCUAAUAGCCAAUGGGGAAAAGGAAAUUACAUAAUUAAAGACAGAAGAAGUAGGGAAAGAAGAAUUAGAGGCAGCUGGAGUAGGGAAAGAAGAAGUAGGGAAAGAAGAAGUAGGGAAAGAAGAAGUAGGGAAAGAAGAAGUAGGGAAAGAAGAAGUAGGGAAAGAAGAAGUAGGGAAAGAAGAAGUAGGGAAAUAAGAAGUAGGGAAAUAAGAAGUAGGGAAAGAAGAAGUAGGGAAAGAAGAAGUAGGGAAAUAAGAAGUAGGGAAAGAAGAAGUAGGGAAAGGAACUGGCAUAGAAAAGAAUAUUGGAAAAGAGCCGGAAAUAAAAGGGAUUAUCGAAAUAGAGACAGAAAUAAAUAUGACGAAAGGCAUGAAGAAAAAUAUGACGAAAAAUAUAGGGAUCGAUAUCGAAGUGAAAAUAGGGAGAAAGAUAAGUGGUGCGGGAAAAAAAGAGAGUAUGAAAAAGAAGAUGAAUUGAAUAAGUCAAGAGAAUUAAAAAAGGAAAUAAAAGAAGAAAAUAGAAAAAAACAAAAAUUAAAUUCAGAAAAUAUCAAAGAUGAAAAAAAAUAA